AUGUAUUCGGGUGAAUUCGCAGAGCCACGUCUACUACAUUCCAAAGGAUUCAUACAAUUGUGCAUCGAUAAAAGUGCUACCGACGACACCGGGUCAUUCUUAUCGGUUGGGAUUGAUGGUGACGUAUGGAUUUGGACAGGUGAUGAGCUGGAUGAAGCUGAAUACUAUCCUAAAAACAUCAAAGGAAGAACGCAUUGCGCAAUAGCUUGGCAUAGAAAUGACGUGUAUAUCGGAUAUACAAGUACAGAUGACCAAACAGGUAUCCAAAAGUCAACAGUUUCUCGUUUUGAGAAAGAUUCCCUACAAUUGAUUGCACCAAUAACCACUUUUUCACUGGAUUUAUCUAGUAUCGAUAUAUCAAAAUCAGGAAAAUUUUUGGCCGCUGGUUCUAUCGAUCAUGUUUUGAAAUUAAUAAAUCUCGAAACAGGAGAUAUAAUUCGUUCUGAAGCAGAUGGGCAGAUUAUGUGUGUUGCAAUUAAUUCGAGAGAUGAAUAUUUGGCUGUUACAGCAACUGAUGGAAUGUUACGUGUUUUUGACAUAACAUUACCGAAAGGUGAGGUUCCUGAACCGAUCACUGUUCGGAUUUGUUCGCGUAUUAUUGACAUGAAGCCAUCUUGCUCUAGACUUCAACUAUGUUGGGAUCCAUCCGGCGAUAAUCUCUUUGUUCCAGCACUUGGAUGUGUUAAAAAAUUCUGCAAGGAUUUAUUUAAAGAAACAACCAAAUUUUUUGCACCAUCGAAUUCAUAUGAAAUGUUUAGUGUUUGCUGUGUGUCGUCCUGCGGAACAUACUUGGCCUCAUCUGCCAUGAAUGGCUCAAUUUGUGUUUGGCAAGUUUCGACCGGUGACCUGUUAACAUGUAGUAAGUAUCAGAUAAAUGGACAACCAAAAGUGAUUUGUACUAUGUUUUGGCACCACUUAUUGCAGGAUACAUUGUUUUUCGCAGAUACUGAGGAGCAUAUAUGUUCUUUAAGUAAAUGCACGAGGAAGGUCACUUCGGGUGGACUUAGCAGUACAGACUUGGAAUUGCAAAGCGGAAGAAACAAAACUGUUGCAAAUUUUGACGAUGACGAAAAUUCGCAAUUAUCCGUAGAUAUAGGUUUUAUAAAAAAAUCUUAUGGAUUUGAUGAGGAAGGAUCUUUCCGUGGUAUCACUGAUGCAAGCGAAAAAAAUCCUCAUAUUUUUACAACUACAGAACUUUUAACUUCAUACAAACCACUGGUUGUGCCGAAAGCUUUUGUGACUGGCUCUACCCCUGAACAUCUAAAACAAAGAUAUUUGAAAUGGAAUCGGUAUGGUACAAUAGUGAGUUCAUACAACGGAGAUGACGGAAGAAUCGAGAUAAAUUGGCACGAUACUUCGAUACAUCCGGAGAUUAUUAUGGACAAUACAGCGAAUUUCUCCGUCGGUGACAUGACUGAUGAAAUUGUUGCAUUGGCGUCGAAAGCCGAGGGGGAAAGUUUAAGUGAAGUGCAGGUACAUUGUAUCAAAGCUUGGGAUUAUGGUUCAAGAGAAUGGGGCGUAACGUUGCCAAAAGAUGAAUCUGUCGAAAAUAUAGUCAUUGGAAAAACAUUUCUUGUUUUGGCCACAUCUCAACGAUAUUUUCGAACAUUUUCACAUGCUGGAACUCAAAAAAUGGUCUUUUGUUAUUCAGGGCCGUUGCUUACAAUGUGUGCAUUCAACGAUAUGUUUGCGGCUGUAGUGUUAAAGGGUGGUGCUUAUUAUGAGGACGAUGAACCGCAAUUUAAUUCUACAGCAAGUGUUUACAAAAUGAAAACUGAAGGCUGGCAUAACUGUCAGUCUUUGGUACAAACUGUUCCUAUCAGUGUGAGCCGCAAUGCCAAAUUGGAUUGGAUUGGUUAUACAAAUCGUGGAACAUUAUGUGCAAUGGAUAGCAAGUAUUGCUGCCGGAUUCUUUCCUCCAGCGGCAUUUGGAUUCCUGUUUAUGACUUUGCCAGUAGUCUUAGAGCUAAAUCAGACCACAUAUUUCUGAUCAGUUUUAUGGAUUACCCGCACUGUGAAGUUCGUUAUGUAUAUUGUCGAGGAAUGAAAUAUCCUUUAGUUGAAAAUCGUUCGGUUCCAGCCCUCGUUAAGUGGCAACUUCCGCUGUGCAAUCAGGAUUCGGAAAAAUCGAAACUCGAAGAGAAGCUUUUAUUAGCUGAAAUUCGGAGAUGUGCGUUAAACAGCGACGAUGAAAACGAAAAGGAAUCCGAACUUUUGGAUAUUUCGGCGGCGUGCACAAAGGAUGUUGUUCGAUUAUUUGCACUUGCAUGUAAAGCUGAUCGUCAGUGUCGUGCAGCCGAAUUUGCCACAUACACACAUUCUGGACAAAUUAUUCAGUCUAUGUGCAAUUUCGCUUCUAAAACGCGACAUCCUUUACUUGCAGAAAAAGUUGCUGAAAUUGGAAGAAUAAAUGCUACCGCAGAAAGAAAGAGAAAUAUCCCAUCAGAAGAUGGGGAAAAAAAUGAUUUUUUGGUGCCCAAACGAUUAAAAAAGAUGGACAAUGAAUCUGAGUGCAUCUCAGAUGAAAUCGUGAUCAAGACUGUACGACAGGAACCGGAACAAGAUGAAAGUGAACAUAUGCAUGAUUUAGAAUUGACUCUGAGUAAUAAAUCUUCCUCACCAUUCUUACUUCCUGUUCAAUCAAGGCUACCUUCUAAUCCCUUCAAACGUAAAUCUGAAAAUAUAUUUGGUUCAAAUCAAGACAACUUUUUCGAUUCAUUAGCUUCUGCGUCUACAGCUACCUUGCGAAAAACGAAUGAUAAUACUAGUGGUUGGAUGAAAAUGAAAAGAGAGCCAUCAAAAACUCGACAAACUUCACUGUCAGUGAAACAUAUUGAAGAAAAAGAAUCGGCUAAAACAGAAACAGGAUUCGAAUUAUGGUUAAAGUCUGCGGAAAGUAAAUUAAGGGAAGAUUAUGAUGGAUGCGAAGACUUCUUAGGAUAUGCUGUUAAGAAAUUUCGGCGUCUAAAAACGAGAGAGAAGCAGCAUUGGAACAACUUGGCUCAAGCUUCAAAAACCUGA